AUGUUGCUCAGUAAAAAGAAAAAAGUUCUUCUACAUAUGCUUUUAGAAGAAGUAGACGAAGAAGAAAUGAUAAUCAAACAUAUACUAUGUAAUAAAACAAAAAAAGUUCACGAGAUGUUUCGAGCUAGAAAAAUGGAAGGUUUUUUCAAUAUUUUAAUUGAAAAGCAUUUAUAUCGAGACGAUAGAAAAUUUAGAGAGUUUUUUAGGCUAAGUUGGGAUCAAUUCAACUAUGUUCUAAACCUCAUCGAAGAUGACAUAAAAAUGAACCCUUGUAACAGAGUUGGAGAACCAAUUACUGCGGCUGAAAAAUUAGCAAUAACAUUAAGAUUCAUGGCGACAGGAGAGUCACUACGUUCUUUGGCAUUUUCAUUUCGCAUAUCACAGAGUUAUAUUACUAGAAUUUUACAAUUGGUUUUUAAGAGUUUGAGUUCGCGACUGACACCAAUUUUAAUACCGUCACCAUCAAAAGAAGAUUUACUGCGUAUUUCAGCUGAAUUUUGGACGAGAUGGAAUUUCCCCAACUGCGUUGGAGCGAUCGACGGGAAACAUAUACGGAUCUUUUGUCCCCGAAAAACUGGAUCGCUUUUCUUUAAUUAUAAGGACUUUUUUUCAAUUGUUUUACUGGCCAUUACUACUCAACGAUGCUCGGUCGCGCGUCUCGUGCGUUUUGACUAG